UCACCUCUGCCUGAGCUAUUUGACUUGGAACUAUAUGAGAUCUUCAAUUGUUAGUGCUUUACGCGUUUAUUUCGAGUUGGACAAUAGCAAAUAAGGUUUCUUGAGGUCUGUUGAGAUACUGCAACAGAGUAUCUUGUGAAUAAUGGCUCAGGAGAGUUGGAAGAAGGAGACUGAGCAGACCGAGUGUGAGACACCUGAAAGCCCAAUUUUAUGCGCUAAUAACUGUGGCUUUUUCGGGAGUGCCAUGACCAAUAACCUGUGCUCGAAAUGCUAUAAAGACCUUGUCAUGAAACAGAAAUCCAUCCUGACGACUCCUCCUGCUGAGGCGGAGAAGACAACUAGUAUUCCAUCUUCUUCGGUGAAAAUUGAACCUAAUGUUAUCAGCUCGGAUGAAGUUGAAGGACCAUGCGACAUGAAUGUUGUUAAGGAUCAAGUGGAGGACUUAUGCAACAAGCGGCCUGCUAACCGCUGUUUCCGAUGCCGGAAAAAAGUAGGAUUAACGGGGUUCAAAUGCCGAUGCGAGAACACCUUGUGUUCGGCUCACCGGCACCCCGAGGCUCAUGAAUGCUCAUUUGACUACAAGACUGCUGGUCGGAAGGCAAUAGCCAAAGAGAACCCUGUUGUGAAGGCAGAAAAGAUCAACAAGAUCUAAGAUUGUUCUGAUGAAGGUAUAAAACAUCAUUCGCUGUUUAUCUUAAAUGGUACCUUCCCAUAGAUUUCAACAGUUUUAACUUUUAUGAAUGGGGAUUUCACAAUAUGGUCGGUCUACUAUCAGAUUGUGGAUGUUGAUGUGAUUUCCAGUGGUAAAUAAUGUAAAAAAGCAUUGAGUGUCUUCUCAUUGUCCAUGUUUCUUGUAAUGUGCUAAGUAUCUUUCCACUCUUUGGUGAACUUUCA